GCCCUCCUCCGCCCGCCCAACCUCUAUAUCUAGCCGGGCCCGCUGUCUUCCUCAUUGUUCAUCGCUCACCCAAACAUUCUUCGACUUCAGACAUUCAUCCACAUUCCAAACCCAACUUCUCGCCUCACCCUCGAAGCACCCAUCACCCACAUCACUCUGCCACUAUGUCACAAGCUCAAGUCCUCGCGCAGGGUGCCUACUCUGAGGCCGCUCAGCAGAACUUCACCUCUCAGUUCGGCAUGGAAAACCCCAACGAUGCCAUAUCCACAUACGCCAAGAUCAUGCACGAGCACACCAAGACUCAGCUCAACACCGCGACGAGCUCGGCACGACGACGGUCACAAGGCAUCUCGCCCAGCCUCACGUCUGGGCUCAGCGUCGAAUCCGUCUCAUCGAAUGGCUCAUAGUCGGCUCAGCAAUGCAUUCAGCCUUUGCAUACGCGACUGGUGUCAGGGGCGCACUUUUCUUAUCACGCAAUUAGCGACCAUGGCCUUUGGGUUUAUCGGAGUUGUCUAGAGUCCUUCCAUUUACGAAGCUUCAUGUGGUGUCUCGGCGUUAUACCAGUCCAGGCAGGACUUGGUAUAGGAUUGGGUCACGGUGCGGACAGUUUCAUUUUGCCAUUUUACUACAUAUUUGCCUACAUAUUAUAGGCAAUGGAUCAUCAAAAUCAUAUCACACUUCACAACACUCCA